AUGAACGAACAUCUGGAAAGACGCAAGAAUUUUUCGGAGAGCGUCAUUUCUCUUGAAUACUUCAAUGAAACGCUACUCGAUCUAAACUUCACCGACAACAAAGAGCAUCACCAGAAUUUGUAUGACCAACCAGUUAUCAAAGAGGUACGAGUCACCACGCUCUGGGUUUUGGCUGUUUUUGGGGCUCUGGGGAACUCAAUUGUACUCUAUUGGCUCUGGAACCAUAGAGCCAGAAAGUCACGUGCCCUGCGUCUCUUCUUGAACCUGACAAUAGCGGACGUAUUGGUAACGGUAUGUGCCACUGGUCCUCAACUGGUCUGGGAAUAUUAUGGGCGAGAAUGGCGGGCAGGUGGAUCGUAUUAUAUGAUCUCACGGAGUUUGGGACCAGAAUUUGGGGGAGCUAUAGGUUUGAUCUUCUCAUUGGCAAAUGCAGUUGCUGUGGCCAUGUAUGUUGUUGGAUUUGGGGAAACCCUAAGAGACUUGCUUGUGUCUCUUAACAUAGUUAUUAUUGAUGGUGGGAUGAAUGAUGUUCGCAUCAUUGGAAGUGCAACAGUAUUAGUUUUACUAGGAAUAGCUUUGAUUGGAACUCAGUGGGAAUCAAAGGCCCAAAUUGUUUUGCUGAUUAUACUUUUGACUGCCAUGGGGGACUUUUUGAUUGGUUGUGUCCUUUCACCAAAUGUCACCCAACAGGCUAGAGGGUUUGUGGGUUGGGAUGGUGCUACAAUCAGAGAAAACAUUCAGCCUGCUUUCAGAGGAGAGGACUUUUUCUCUGUGUUUUCAGUAUUUUUCCCAGCAGCAACAGGAAUCUUAGCAGGUGCUAAUAUCAGUGGGGAUCUAGCUAAUCCACAACGGGCCAUUCCCAAAGGAACAUUUCUAGCCAUUUUCAUUACGGGAAUAUCGUACAUAUUGUUUGCUGUGAUUGCAGGUUGUGUUUCUCUUCGUGAUGCCAAUGGAGAAGAGUUUUUUGUUGUAAAUGGAACAACUGAAUUGAUACGAAACUGCUCAUUAGGAUCUGAAGGGAUAUGUCCUUAUGGGCUAAUGAACUUUUAUCAGGCUAUGGAAUUAAUAUCAGCAUUUGGUCCCAUAAUCUAUGCUGGAAUUUUUGCAGCAACAUUGUCCUCUGCUCUUGCUAGUCUUGUUAGUGCUCCAAAGGUUUUCCAGGCUCUAUGCAAAGAUAAACUUUUCCCCAAAUUUGAGUAUUUUGCCAAAGGAUAUGGAAAAAAUGAAGAACCAAGACGAGGAUACAUUUUGGCUUUUGUGAUAGCUCUUGCUUGCAUCAUUAUUGGAGAGUUAAAUGCAAUAGCACCAAUUAUAUCUAACUUCUUCCUUGCUGCAUAUUGUUUGAUUAACUUUUCCUGUUUUCAUGCAACAUACUCCAGGUCUCCAGGUUUCCGUCCAGCUUACAAGUACUACAACAUGUGGAUUAGCUUGUCAGGUGCAGUUAUCGAUGAUACCAUGCAGUCUGAUUCAGGCUCUGAUAAGAAGGAGUUCAGAUCUGUGAAUCGAUGA